UCUCUCUCUUACAACUAAAAACUCAACUCAAACCUCAACAAGCAAAGGUCAAAGCUUUCAACUUCUCUUACAAUGGCGGCCAACAACACUAGCUCCUCGCUCUAGUCUUCUCCUAUGGCGACUCAGUCCCUCUCUUUGACAUUUUGAAACCUUCUUGCUCUCUCCCCAAUACACAUUUCUCAUUACAAUACCAAUAAAUAAACAAACACUCUAAAAGAGACCUCCAUUAGAUCUCUCUCUCUCUCUCACUCUUCUCUUGGUUUUCGUGUUCCAUUUUAACUUUUGUUAAAGACCCCAUUAACCCCAUUAGGCCAUUUCAACGUUAUCUCUCUCAUUCCAAGAACCCAUCUUGAACAAACAAACUAAAAAUCCCAGUACCAAAAUCUCCUCAAGAUCCCAUUUUUUUUCUUCAUUUUUACUUCGUUUGCAGCUCAUUUCUCAUUUGGAGGUAAAACAAAACAAAAAAAUGGGAAGUAAAUGGAGAAAAGCUAAGUUGGCUUUGGGGUUGAAUCUUUGUGUGUAUGUACCAAAGACUUUGGAUGAAUCACCACCGCCUUCUUCUUCAGUUGAUGAUUCACGUGAGAGAUUAUCUAGUGCUGCUUUGUUAUCUCCUGCUAAUUGGGACGCCUGCAGUCCUCGCCCUAUGACAGCAACUUCAUCUUCUCACGGUUUAAGGUUGUCCAAGAGUGGAAGCAAAUCCUCCAAGCAAACCUGCUCGAUAUGUUUGACAAAGAUGAAACAGGGAGGGGGGCAUGCUAUUUUCACUGCAGAGUGCUCACAUUCCUUUCAUUUCCACUGCAUUGCUUCAAAUGUGAAACAUGGUAACCAAAUUUGUCCAGUUUGCAGGGCAAAAUGGAAAGAGAUCCCCAUGCAGGGUCCUGGCUUAGAUCCUCUUCCUGGGAGGGCAGUAGUCAAUCCAAUAGGUUGGCAUCAAAAUGAUGCUUUGAUGACUGUGGUUCGCCGAAUACCUCCUCCUCAUCGGGAUUUGAGUCGACGGCACAUUGUUCCGUUAUUUCAGGCUCCUGAGCCAGGAGUAUUUGAUGAUGAUGAAUCCCUGGAUCACCAACCAGUGUCAGCUGACCGAAGCUCCAGCGGUAACAGUGUUGCAGAUACCAGUUCCAUUAGAGCUGUAGAAAUCAAAACAUACCCAGAAGUUUCAGCUGCACCUCAGUCCAAUUCUUAUGAUAACUUCACUGUUUUGGUCAAUCUCAAAGCCGCUGCUACUAUUACUACACAAAAUCCCAGCAGAAAUCAGACUAGCUUGCCUCAACUUUCUCAAACACCACGCGCUCCAGUUGACCUAGUUACUGUACUUGACAUCAGUGGAAGCAUGGCUGGUACCAAGCUUGCACUGCUAAAACGAGCAAUGGGGUUUGUCAUACAAAACCUUGGCUCCAAUGAUAGGCUCUCAGUUAUCGCCUUCUCUUCCACAGCUCGCCGCCUCUUUCCCCUACGUCGAAUGUCUAACACAGGACGGCAGCAAGCACUUCAGGCGGUUAAUUCCUUGGUUGCAAAUGGUGGAACCAACAUUGCCGAAGGUCUGAGGAAAGGUGCAAAGGUAAUGGAAGACCGUAAGGAAAAGAACCCUGUGGCCAGUAUAAUAUUGUUGUCAGAUGGGCAGGAUACAUAUACAGUUAACUCUUCUGGUGGCAACCAUCCUCAGCCCAAUUAUCAGUUGCUCCUCCCUUGGGCAAUUCAUGGAAGUGAUAACAGUGGAUUCCAGAUUCCAGUGCACUCUUUUGGCUUUGGUACAGAUCAUGAUGCUUCAUUAAUGCAUUCAAUUUCAGAGACCUCUGGAGGGACCUUUUCUUUCAUUGAGACUGAAGCUGUGAUCCAGGAUGCAUUUGCACAAUGCAUUGGAGGGCUUUUGAGUGUUGUGGUACAGGAGCUGCAAGUGGGAAUAGAAUGCAUGCACCCAAGUCUCCGUCUUGGCUCAUUAAAAGCAGGAAGUUACCCAAGCCGUGUAAUGGUUGAUAGACGCACUGGAUUUAUUGAUGUUGGAGAUCUAUAUGCUGAUGAAGAGAGGGAUUUUCUGGUAUCAGUUAAUGUUCCAGCAGAGUCUUCGACAAAUGAGACUUCAUUGCUAAAAGUGAGAUGUAUUUACAAGGAUCCCUUGACUAAAGAAAUGGUAACUCGAGAAAGUAAUGAUGUCAAGAUUGAAAGACCUGAAAUAGUAGGACAAGAAGUAGUAUCAAUUGAAGUGGACAGGCAACGUAACCGGCUCCAAGCAGCAGAGGCAAUGGCAUUGGCGAGGACUUCAGCUGAGCAGGGAGAUCUGGCAGGUGCUGCUUCUAUCCUUGAGAAUUGUCGGCAGUUACUCGCAGAGACUGUGUCAGCUAAAUCUAAUGAUCGACUCUGUCUUGCAUUGGAUGCCGAGCUCAAAGAAAUGCAAGAGAGGAUGGCAAGCAGGCAUGUGUAUGAGGCAUCUGGCAGAGCAUAUAUUCUUUCAGGUCUGAGUUCGCAUUCAUGGCAGAGAGCAACAGCAAGAGGUGACUCCACCGAUGGGUCAAGUCUUGUUCAGUCUUAUCAAACCCCAUCCAUGUCUGAGAUGCUAACUCGAUCACAGGCUAUGUUACUGGGUAGUCCAUCAGCUCAAAGGCUUGUUCAACCGUUAUGGUCUUUCGGAUCUCAACCGAAACCAAGGUAAUAUUUGAAGUACACACUUCAAAUAUUUUCCAGCAUCUUUUUUCCUAUAUUUUUCACAGUUUUGUUUGGGGAGGGGAAUAUAUUGGAGAUAUAAGAAGAGGAGUUUCUUGGCUGUGGUUUUUGCUCAUCUUUGUAUUUGUAAAUGAAUAAAACCUGAGGAAAGGGCAAAAGAAUAUAUUUGGGAAAAAAGAGAGGAACACUAGGUAGGCUUUACAACAAUAUUUUUUGUUUGUUUUGUGUUGUUGGGGGUGUGUACAUAAGAGAAAUGGCUUCUCUUGGAAGAACUGGGCAUAAGUUUGUAAUUGUGGAAAUGUUUUGGGUGAACCCUUCACCUAAUAUAUAAUUACUUGCUCUCAAUUCUUUAUAUAAAGUGUUGUUUAUUUUUAUUA